CGUAAGAUCACGUCCAUGGCGAUCGCGUCGCGCGUCACCAAGCUCGAGACGGAGGCCGGGAGUCUCCGCCGGAAGCUUCACGAGAAGGACCGUGUAAUUCAGCAGCUGGAGGAUAAGGUCGCCCAACUCGACGGGGCCUAUCAGGACGCCGAGUUCCGAUUGAAGGUUACGCGCGAAGAUAAUAUGAAGCUGGUGCAGGAGAGAGAUUCGUUGGUUUUGACAGCAAAGAAGCUCAGUCGUGAUGUGGCGAAGCUAGAGACAUUUAAGAGGCAACUCCUGCAGUCAUUGAAUGAAGAAAAUGCACCAUCAGAAACUGUUGACAUUGGAACUUAUGACCAAUCAGCCCCCAAGGCUUACAUAACAAAUGAUGAUUCAAAUGGCUAUGAGAAUCAUCAUUCUUAUGGUGGUGCUACUGACAACACAAGCACAAAUGAUGAAGUUUCUACGCAAGCUGGGAAAAAGUUGUCCGUCGCACCCUAUAUAACUCCCCGUCUCACUCCUAGUGGUACUCCAAACGUGAUUUCCACUAGUGUAUCCCCGAGAAGGUACUCAGCAGCUACUACUCCUCAGAGAACCUCUGGUGCUACUUCUCCUUCUGCAAACUACGAUGGAAGAGGAUCCUAUUCGUCUUGGUACCCUUCCAGCCAGCAGUCGUCAGCCGCCAACUCUCCUCCUCGAGGACGUCCACUGCCAGGCCGUACUCCUCGAAUUGAUGGUAAAGAGUUCUUCCGUCAAGCAAGGAGUCGGUUAUCACUUGAGCAAUUCAGCGCGUUUCUGGCAAAUAUAAAGGAAUUAAACGCACAAAGGCAGUCGCGGGAGGAGGCGCUGAGAAAAGCAGAAGAGAUAUUCGGGACAGACAAUAAGGAUCUGUAUCUCUCAUUUCAGGGGUUGCUAAACCGCAACCUGCACUAGAAAGGCGCAGUGUGCUCGUUGGUUCAUGCUCGAAUUGUUUUCCAUUUCCUCGUGGAGGAUGUGUCGUCCGAUUUUGACAGGUACUGCUGAUCCAGAUUAAACAAACCUUGUUUCUUCUAUUUUGUGCAAGGACACAUGGUAGUUGUAAAUAAUGGCAUUUUUGUUGUGUGCUGCUAUUUAAUGACAUUUUUCGUUCUAUUGAAGAAUAAAACAUGCAUAAUGCUCCGAUUGGAAAUUGAUUCAUCUUUGUCUC